UCCUCUACCUCACCAAUUUCCUCUUUCAUAUCCUCCUGCAUCUGUUUUUUCCCUCUCGCUCCUUUUCCUUUUUCCUCAAACCCACUAUUUCUCCUCCCAUCUCCAUUCCAUCCCCUCUUCACGCCUCUUCUCCUUUUCCGGCCGGCUGGUUUCCCAGGAUGCCUUGUUCCAGGCCGCUCCGCUAGGCCCGAGCAGCAUGGGCGGAGCCUGGGUGGGGAGAGAGAGCACGGAUUGGACCCUUCCCCUCAGGACGGGCACGCUGGCGGGUCACCCUCCCUCAGCUUCAGAUGGGCGAGGACGCUGAGAGCCCCAAAAUCAACCACACCUUCCUGCGAGACUACGUCACUGAAGCUGAUGUCAUCUCUACGGUGGAGUUUAACCAGACGGGGGACCUGCUGGCCACGGGGGAUAAAGGUGGCCGAGUGGUCAUCUUCCAGAGAGAGACUGAGUCUAAAGGGGAGUCGGACGAGCCAGGGGAGACGGGAGACUCUGGGGAAUACAAUGUCUACAGCACGUUCCAGAGCCAUGAACCGGACUUUGACUACCUGAAGAGUCUCGAGAUUGAAGAGAAAAUUAACAAGAUCAGAUGGCUGCCACAGCAGAACGCUGCACAUUUCCUCCUCUCCACAAAUGAUAAGACCAUUAAACUGUGGAAGGUGAGUGAGAGAGACAAGAGACCAGAGGGAUACAACCUGAAAGAUGAGGAGGGACGGCUCAAGGACAUCUCUACCAUCACCUCUCUGCAGGUGCCAGUGCUGAAACCUACAGAUCUAAUGGUAGAGGUCCGUCCCAGACGAGUGUUCGCCAAUGGACAUACCUACCAUGUCAAUUCCAUCUCAGUCAACAGUGACGGGGAGACGUACCUGUCUGCUGAUGACCUCCGCAUCAAUAUGUGGCACCUGGGCAUCACGGACCGCAGCUUCAAUAUUGUGGACAUCAAACCAGCCAACAUGGAGGAUCUGACGGAGGUGAUAACAGCGGCAGAGUUCCACCCUCACCACUGCCACUUGUUUGUGUACAGCAGCAGCAAGGGCACCCUGCGCCUCUGUGACAUGAGAGCCUCUGCACUCUGUGACAAACACACCAAAUUGUUUGAGGAACCCGAGGACCCAGGGAGCCGGUCCUUCUUCUCAGAGAUCAUUUCCUCUGUGUCGGACGUCAAGUUCAGCCACAGCGGACGCUAUCUGCUGACCAGAGACUACCUCACCGCCAAGGUGUGGGACCUGAACAUGGACAAGGGCCCCGUGGAGACAUACCAGGUCCAUGAAUACCUGAGGAGUAAGCUGUGUUCCCUCUAUGAAAACGACUGCAUCUUUGACAAGUUUGAGUGUGUUUGGAACAGCUCAGACAGUGUGAUCAUGACAGGGGCGUACAACAGCUUCUUCCGGAUGUUUGACAGGGAGACGGGCAGAGGUGUAACCCUUGAGGCGUGGCGGGAAAGCAGCAAGCCUCGGGCUGUGCUGCGGACCCGGCGUGUCUAUACUGGUGGCAAGCGUCGCCGUGGAGACGUGGGCGUUGAUAGCCUGGACUUUACAAAGAAAAUCCUGCACAUGGCUUGGCACCCUUCUGAGAAUAUCAUUGCCAUAGCAGCCACCAACAACCUGUACAUCUUCCAGGACCGUGUCAACCCUGAGACGCAGGCACAGUGACUGGGGGAUGGGAAUAUGGACAGCGGCAGACACAGUGCUUUUAUUGAAUUUGUCACAGAAACAUAAGCAGUGACUCAAGUAUAUCAGGAAGUCUUAGAGAAGGCAUGGGGAGUGGACAGCCUUUAUUAGAAGAUUAAGUCUAAGCCAAGCUGUCUCACAACAUACUGAGAUACAACAUCUGUUUGUGUUGAUAAAAGAUUCAUGAUAAAAUGACAAGACUGUUGAUUUAUUGGAUCCCCAGGGAAGGUGUAUAAUCUUUCUUUUUUUUUUUCAACACUGAGAUGAACUGAUGUCUCCAGGACAUGUUUUUGGUCCCACUCUAAUCCCACUUUUUGAAGAUGUUUGUGUAGCUGCCCCACUGUGGGGGCAGUAAAAGAGGUGCGGGGACACCUCUCCAUCUGUAACGACUCAGUGCUGUUGACCACACAAUGUUGCACUCCUCACUCAUGUGCUCUGGUACUAUUCGACACUAUUGGAAGAAGGAAUGAUGCUACAGUCUUGGGAUGAUCUGACUGUGGAUUCCAAGUAACUUUGCAGGAUGGUGCAUCUAAAUCUAAAUUUAAGCAUUUUUCACAACUGUGAAACUGAAGAUUAGGAGUGGUGUUACUGUA